AUGCGAAACCUCCUUGCUCUAUUAUCAUUAUCACUUUCCCUCGGACCAUGCUUGAUUAUAGCGCAAUCAUCCGAUUCCAAUACGAACGAAGAAGAACCUAGUGGAUUAGAUACUUUGUUUGGCGGUAUAUUUUCAGAUAUUUCCGGAUCGAAUUCUAGUGACGAUCCUCUACCUUCCACACAAGCUAUAACGGACUAUCAAUCGUUCAUACUUUCGAACGAUUUUGAAAUCACCGAUCAACCUCAACUCAGAGAAUACAAUUUCGAAAUCAAAACUGCCACUGCCAACCCGGAUGGAUUCACGAGACAGGUAUACACCAUCAACGGUCAAUUCCCAGGGCCGGUCAUAGAAUGUAACACGGGAGAUACUAUUCGUGUACAUGUGAAGAACAGUUUGGAUAUCCCUCAAACCAUUCAUUGGCACGGUAUCUCUCAAAAUGGUACAAACAUCAUGGACGGUGUUCCUGGUAUCACUCAAUGCCCGAUCCCACCUGGAGGUAGUUUCACAUACGAAUUCCCUAUCAUCGAGCAAUACGGUACUUAUUGGUAUCACUCGCAUUUUGCUAACACCAUGGCGGAUGGUAUUGCCGGAGCAUUCAUCAUCCAUUCGCCAAACGAUAAGCUCAAAAGAGGAACUGAUUACAACGAAGAGAGGGUUUUACUUAUUCAAGACUGGAUGUGGGAUCAAUCAACGGAUAUUGUUGCUGCGCUCAAAUCACCUGAAGGAUACAGAGGAUCACCUGGCGCUCCAAAAGGUGAUUCCAUUCUGAUCAACAACAUCGGCCAAACCAACUGUUCCAGCCCAAACUACCCCGAAGGAGCGGAAUGCAACCCACCUCGUCCCGCUGAAAUCCCAGUGGUAGUUGGCAAAAAGACGAGGUUCAGGAUAAUCAACAUCGGUGCUCACUCGAUGUUGAGAGUAUCAAUCGAUCAACAUGAAUUCGAAGUUGCCGAAGUCGAUACCGAUCCUGUCUUUGGUCCUACUAUCCACGAAAUCCCUAUCGCACCCGCACAACGAUACUCGAUCAUCGUCGAUGCCAAUCAAGGUAAAGCCGGAGACAAGUUUUGGUUGAGAGCCAACGUCGCUGCUGGAUGUAUGGACAAGGUCAAACAAGAAGGCUUGGCUGUUUUCAGAUAUACCAAUAACAAUGAACAGUAUGAUGAUGGUGAUGAGACACCUGAUACUCAACCUUGGGACGAUCUUGCUGAGUUUGAUUCACCUUGUCGUGAUCUGGAUGAUCAAUAUACCUUGACUCCUCGAGAUCCUAUCGAUGCUUUCACCAAGCCUUUGCAAACUCAUGCACUCUCGAGUAAAUUUGGAACCUUUUUAGGCAUGCAAGGACAGAACAUCACUGGAUUCGCAUUUAACAACAUUUCAUUCCAAAAUCAGAUCUGGGAUCCGAUGUUACCUCAUGUGAUCGAUUCGGGCAAUAACUCUGUUGAUAACGUAGCGACGGUCACGUUCGAUUGUGAUGGAUAUGUCGAUCUGAUCCUCAACAACCUUGAUGGGGGGAUCGACCAUCCCUAUCAUCUACACGGUAACGAAUUCCAAUUGAUCAAAAGAGGUGAUGGGAAUUUAACCGUUGAAGAAGCUCAAGCGAUGGAUUUGAGUAAUAUCACCAACCCCCUUAGAAGGGAUACGAUCUUCAUACCUGGGAAUGCCUACGCGAUAUUAAGGAUAAGGACUGAUAAUCCUGGUGUUUGGGCUUUACAUUGUCAUAUCGGAUGGCAUCUUGCUGUGGGAAAGUUGGCAACGAUGAUUGUCCGACCGGAUGAUAUUAAGAAUUUUGAUCAACCUGAAGAUUGGCAAAGACUCUGCGCUGGACAAGAUCCAGAUGAAGAAGGGCCGGCGAGACGAUCAAGUUCACCUUCCACCUCGCCAAUUGGGCAUUUUAGAUCUUACAAGGAAGUUAAAAAUCGAAUAAUCGCACGACAAGGUCUAAGGGAUCAAUGA